UUCUUCUUCACUUCUUCGCACGGCAGACGCAGCUCAAUCGCCAUCGCCGAGCGCACAAAUUGCGGAUAAAAAACGAAAGAAAGGAGCGAAGCUUCGUGAGGAGGAAGAGAGCGGUGUGCAAUCGCGGAAUUCAUUCGAUCGGAAUCUCCUGGGUUAUCAAUGAUUUGAUGGAGCUGGCCCUGAAUAAACCAUCGUCCUGCGUAGACUGCUGCAAGGACUGCACUCUGCUGCCCUGCUGUUCUGCCUCCGCCUGCUGCGACGCCAACUGCGACACCGCCUGCGGAUUACUACCCCCCGAUCCCGUUAGAUAUGAGUACCAGGAGCCGGAAGAGAACUUUAUAUCUAUAGAUGAUGUGAAAAUCAAGACUUUCCUGUGGCAAAUCGGCCAGCAGCAAAGGGAAAAGGAGUUGGAAAUUAAGAGAGUCAGGGAACAGGAAAAAAGGGAAAAAAGAGAGAAGGAAAAGCGGGAGGCCGAAAGGCGAAGAGUCGAAGAGGUAAUCGAAUUGGACGAGGAGGAGGCUCCAUCACCCAGGGGUCUCAUUAUCAGCGCAGCCAGGAGCCUUGCGCAUUGGAAUUCAUCAAUUAGAAGGAUAACGCCAGAUAUCGAGCUCAUCCCCAGACAGGUGCACACGAUUGUCGCAGAAAUCGAACUGAGUGAUAGUGAUCCCUAUGAAGCUAGCGAAGAUGAGGAGGAUGUUAAUCUUCCAUCAAAUGCUGUAAGCUGCGUCCUAAAUGAGCAGAGACAGGAGGAAACCCAGAACGAGAAUCCCCAGGAACAGGUAAUCAUCGUGCCUUCCGACCAGGAGGAGGAAGAGAAGGCGGACAAUGGCAUCAAAAGGAGAUCUUCCGGCUCGAGGAGAUUAUUAAAGAGGCGUCCAGGUGCCAACAGAAGAGGUAGGCAUAUGUACGAAUGUCCUGACUGCGGAAAGAAAGUGCAAUCUAACUACAAUCUAAGACGUCAUAUGAUGAUACAUACAGGUGAAAGACCGUUUCCAUGUGAUCUGUGUGAACGACGUUUUCGGGAAUUUAGCGAUCUUAAGAAGCAUCGUCGAAGGCACUCACAUGAUCCCCAAUUUAUUUGCAUGAUCUGUCACUUGGGACCACCUUUGGAGCAGGACUCCACAAGGUGUGCGGACUGUGAAAGCAAGAAUCUUAUGGUAAAACCUCAACAAGAGGAGCUGGGCGAUAAAACAGCGGAGGAACAUUCGGAUGAGAUGGAAGAGGAUGAUGACGAAAUAGAGGAAGGGGACGUAGGAGAAAUGAAACAGCCACAAGAAGCGGCACAACCCAGUUUAAUGGUCACUUUAAUACCACCUAUUCAAUGUCCACCGGAAAAGGUUCCUCCACAUACGCAGCCAAGUCGUCCGCCACUUCCUCGCAGCUGCAGCAGUGCCAACUCCUCAUCUUCCUUGAGCAACGAUGGAAAUGUAACUGGAAAGUCCAUUAGUCGCACACGCAGAUCGUAUCCUUGUCCUUUAUGUCAUCGUCCCUUCGGAACUCGUCAUAAUCUUAAACGUCACUAUAUGAUCCAUACUGGAGAGAAGCCUUUUAGCUGCUCAAAAUGCAGGAAACCUUUCAGGGAGUGCUCCACGCUCAAAAAACACAUGGUCACUCAUGUCAGGGAUCGCUGGUACAAGUGCCUGAGGUGUCCCUCCAAAUUCAGAGACUAUCUGGAGUACUCUGAUCACAAGUCCAGUCAUCUGGAUCAGCUGAGUAGCCGCAAAUCGUCCAUUUACGAAAGUGAUGAUGAUGGCGACAGUUCUGUGGAAGAUUGUCUAGAAUGCUGCGAGUGUCAACAGCGCUUUACGGAUUUGGAUGCUUAUACGGCCCAUCUUAAACAGCACGACUUGGAAUUGUACGGGAUGAGUAUUGAUGAUGUGGUGGACGAGGAGCAGGAGGACGUAGAUGUGGCAUAGAAAAUGUUUCGAGCCCACAAUUAAUAUAAACUGAGCGGGAAUUGUGAAUUCUCUGUGUGUCUUUCUAAUGCAUAAAAUGGAUUGAAAAUCCCUUAUUUUAUAUAAAUUAGCUAAUAAGGUUCAUUAAUGCAUUCCCGAUUAAUAUAUUUAAAUGCAUAUAUAUUUGAAGUAUUUUAUAUCAUUCAUGUAUUUUUCAAGCAUUAUAUUAUUCUGAAU